AUGUCCUUUCGUGGCGACGACCAGCGCCGCCAAGGAACCUUUGGCAUCCUCAACAACGGAUCCUAUUUUGACGAUGACCGUGAUCAGCCGAGUGUGGCUCACCGCAGCGAGGACGAGCUGUUCUUCUCCGGCAACCCCGAUGUGUCCCCCUCACAGGCUGUCGUCUCGACCAGGCCGUCUGCUUAUGGUGGCUCCCCCACGAACUCAGCCAUGUCUGGCUACCAACACCAGUACCAGACGCAGACGCAGCCGGCACCGUCUGCCUAUAACCCCCAGGUCUUUCCGAGGUCGCAGUCGCAGUCUCUCCCCUACCAUCCCCACCCUUCCACCCGCCUGGCCUCGCCGACCACGUCCUCUGCACCGCCCUUUCCGUCGCCGCAGCAGAGCUACACCCCAGCCGCUUACAACCCGGCCGCCUAUGCCGGCACAAAUGCGGCUGUGCCACAGCGAACGGCCACUCAUUCUGGGCACGGCAGCUACCAGAACAGCUACAAUGCGCCGGCGGUCCAGCAGCCAGCCUUACCACCAUCGCCUCAGUCGUACAUCCAGCAGCAGCAGCAGCAUUACGCCUCGGGGGCCCACUACGCCAACACAGCGUCAACAACCAUGGCGCCGUACGAGUCGGUGUACACGGCGGACCCCCCAGGAGCGAAUUCGUAUUCCUCCUCGACUAGUGCCUACUCGGCGAUCGAGUCCGUCUCGGCCCCGAUUACCUCGCCAGCCGCCACCGUCUCGAGCGGUGCAUCAAUCUCACCUUAUGCCAUGCAGAGUACCAUGACCUCACAGGCGCCUUAUCCAACAUAUGGACAUAUGCCUUCGCACUCUGCUGGAAGCCAUUCUAUUAGUGGCACCGAGUCUGCUGCCUUUGCCGGCCGUGUGGGCCGAUCAGACUCCACCACCUCGCCGUUGUCAUCUCCGCUCGGCCAUAGCUCGUCGCCGCUCGGACUGCAGCGGCAUCCUACCAACGCACCACUUCCAAGCCGCCCACCGAUGGAUAAUGUCCUCGAAGAGUCGGCAUGGCAGCAAGGAGCGUCCGACAUCGACGACGGGAAUGUCACGCAGGACAGUCUCUUCCACGACAUCGAAGCUGAUUUGGGUCUGGACAGCCCCGGUAACGGUUCAAAUGGACGAAACGGUGAGGCAUCUGAGGAUCUCCUGUUCCGGCACAGCUCUCAGGCGUCAACGCAUCCGAGCACCCAUUGGUCGUCCGGAACAUCCACCAUUGGCCGAACGCCGUCUACUGCGUCUACGGCAACGAGCGCCUAUCCGUCCGCCUCCACGAACCCGUGGGAAGAAGACAGCGAUCCUGAGGGAGCGUUGGGUGUAUACGAGAUGUGGAAGGAUGAUCUGGAUGCGCAGCGAUUCAGCGUCAGCUCCGGCACAAGUGUACCAAGUGGCUAUAACGGUAUGCAAAGCCCCCCGCCGGUGCAACGACCCGACGAACAGAAUACCAGCGACUCUGACAUCGGCACCGACAUCACUUCAUUUAUAGGCGGCUACCCCGGCAACCUGACUUAUGGAGGCCAGUUUGGAUCGGAGGGCGCAGACGAUCUGGACCACCCUCCACAGUCAACAACACCACGCCCACAUGGCAAUGGGACUCAGUACGCCCCAUUCAGAGAAGCUGAGAUGGACUAUGGGGGCACCGGUGGGCUCCAGAAUCCUAUUGGACAUCGACUUAGCUUUGAUAAAGACGACGAGCGUGUGUCUCUGGGCUCGGGCCUCAGUGGGAGCGACUCUCCACAGAAGGAUGACGGCUAUCCAGACAUGUUCUACCACCCGGGCAUUUCGAACCGGCCGCUUCCAACACCCCCCUCCGCUCCUGUAGAGACGAGCAACAGCAACGAGCUGAUUCAGGCAAGACACGCGGCUGCAAGAGUGUCCUACCAUCAGCACACGCUUUCUCACGGCGCGAACUCGCGGUCGUCUGUGUAUCAUGCGCAACAGGAAUUGCAGCUGCAACAGCAGCUGCUGGUGGAGCGCUCGACGUCCAUGUCGAGUCACAGCACGACGCCCGUUGUCCAAGUGCCCGGACGAUCGCGCACCGAUGCUGCCGAAGAGCGGAAGAAGGCACAAAGGCUGUUGGCCGCACAGCAGGGCCUGCCGUACGAUAGCUACGAGAGCAAUAGCGCGACCUCGAUGACGUACGACGUGAUCACGCUGCCUAGCGGCCGGCGGCGCAAAUUUGUGCCGUCCAAGCUGAGCCCUGUCGAUUUCCGGCGCUGUCUCGAACCGUGGGCGCUGAGCAGCAUAGCUCGUUGGAUCCGCGAGAUGGCGGAUGGCGAGCCCGACCUCAAGCGCAAGACAAUCGAGGAGGGCCUUGUUGCGCUGUUUAUCACAAAGGUGCCUACGAUGAAUGUGGCCGACGCCGAGACGCUGGCGGACAUGGUGGCUGACUCGAUGUCUCGGGCUGGCAUCUUGAUACCGGAAGAAGAAUGGGUCAGGUUUGGGCCGGGUGAGAUCAGCGGCGUGCUGUGGCAGCUAACCGGCUCGGGCUGCUACGCUUCCCGUCUCCACGAGCACGAGACGGCCGGGCGCUGCUACUCACACUACUGCACGCGGACGCUGCGGAAGGCAGACUUGAACGGGCUGAUGGCAGAAGAGUCGUCUAAGAAGGAGGACUGGAUGACGUUCUACAAGAUCACCGAAGAGAUGCGGGCAGGGAAGCCACGCAAGGAAGUGGAGCGGCAGAACAACCUGCACGAGAUCGUGACGAGCGAGGAGGACUUUAGCAACCAGCUGGAAGUGCUGCGGGUGCUGUACAAAGACCAGCUGCUGCACUGGAAGCCUCCCAUCAUUCCGCCGAACCGGCUAGAGAAGUUCGUCGACACGGUCUUCGGCAAGGUGGAGUCGAUGCAGCGGGUGAACAAGGACCAUCUGCUGGCGCAGCUAAAGUACCGGCAGAACGAGCAGGGUCCCUGGAUCAUGGGCUUUAGCGACAUUUUCCGCGAAUGGAUCCGGAAGGCCAAGGACGAGUACAUUGCCUAUUCGGCUCAGUAUCCGAUCGCGUCCUUCACCGUGCGCAAGGAGGCGUCGCGCAACAUGCUGUUCCGGCAGUUCCUGGAACAUGUCCGGAACAACAAGCGGUCGGACCGGCUGGGCUGGGACACGUUCUUGAAGGCGCCGAUCACGCGGCUGCAGCGGUACUCGUUGCUGCUGAGCACGGUGCUGAAGAACACGCUGCAGGACAGCGAGGAGAAGGUGAACCUUGCGCGAGCGAUUGAGGAGAUCCGGGCAGUGACAAAGGAGUGCGACCGGCUGGUGGACGAGAUGGGCAAGAAGGUGUCGUUGCAGGAGCUGCAGAACCAGCUCGUCUUCCGGCCCGGCUCGCAGACAGUCCUCAAUCUCGACCAUCUCGGGCGGGAGCUGCUGAUGCAGGGCGAUCUGCAGCGGAUGGGAUCGAAGGGCGUGCGCUGGGUGGACACACACGCGCUGCUCUUUGAUCAUUACUUUAUCCUGACCAAGGUGAUCGGGCCAAAGGAUGGGAGGGGCGACAAGAAAUACGACGUAUCCAAAGAGCCCAUCCCGAUGCCUCUGCUUCUCCUGGAGAGCAUGAACGACGACCCGAUCUCGAAGCAGAAGGGCCUUGUUGCCACGCCGCUGACAAGGUCGACUGUUGCCUCUGUGUCGGACACGAUGCUGAACAAGGUGUCGUCCAUUGCGCCAAGCCGGCCCGAGUUGGACCACGCAGCCACCAGCUCGUCGAUCAACUCGCUCGCGCGCCUGGCGCCGGGCACGCAGAGCGAGGAGGGCAAGACGCUGUAUCCCUUCCGGGUCAAGCAUCUCGGCCACGAGAUCUACACGCUCUAUGCGACCACGCCACAGAGCCGACAGGACUGGUGUGCCAAGAUCGUGGAGGCCAAGACGCGCCACGCACGCGCGCUGGCCGAGCAGAAUGCCGAGCCGUUCCGGCUGCGAGUUCUCUCGGACUGCGGGUUCGCGUACGACUCGAUCACGGCGUCGUCGAAGCUGCCGAGCGUCUCGAUUCCGGGCACGCCGCUCGACCGGUCGAUCCGUGAGAUGGGAAAGGUGUUUGGGACCGGCCGGGCACCUCCGCCGGUAUGUCGGGCAUCGGUGAACUGUGCCACCGGCUUCACCGCGUUUGAGAAGUCGAUCAUUGCCGUGGGCACAGACUUUGGCGUCUAUAUUUCGGAUGCCGGAAAUCCGCGAGGCUGGUUAAGGUCGGUGCAGCUCAACAAGGUGACGCAGAUAACGGUGCUGGAGGAGUUCUCGAUCUGCCUGAUCCUGGCCGACAAGUCGCUGAUCUCAUACCCGCUGGACCUGGUGGCACCGGUGGGUAACUAUCCGGCUUCGAAUCACGACAGCCCGCGACAUGCGCCGCAGCGGCUGGCCAAAGACGUCAGCUUCUUCGCCACGGCCCGCAUGAAGGAGCGCAUGCUGCUCUUCUACAAGCGCAAGGAAGGCAUGCACAACACGUUCAAGGUGCUGGAGCCGGUCUUCCAGAAGGCGUCGGAGAAGAAGAGCCGGUUCUUCGGGACGCGCAGAGGUGCAGCCGGCGCCACAGAGACAUUCCGCGACUUUGACGAGUUCUACCUGCCGAUCGAGUGCUUCUCGCUCAACCUGUUCCAGUCGUAUGUGGCCGUAUCGACGGCCAAGGGCAUCGAGCUGCUGACGCUGGACCGCAAGCAGCCGAUGUCGGUGCCGUGUGACUUGGCGCUGCCGGCGAUCGCCAACAUUGCCGCCCGGCUUCGCGACCAGCGACCACUCGGCAUGUUCCGGUUAAACGACCAGGAGUUUUUGCUGGCUUACGAGGAUUGCGCCGUCUACGCCGACAAGCACGGCGAGGUGUCGCGCACGCUGAUCAUGGAGUACUCAGGCCGCCAGAAAAAGGCCAAGGCCGCGACCAUGUUCGGCCAGUAUCUGUUGCUGUUCAACGAGGACUAUGUGGAGGUGCGCAAUGCCGAGAACGGCCGCCUGCGCCAGAUCAUUGCCGGCAUCGACGUGCGCUGUCUGGACUAUGGGUUUAGAGGACCGACGGGCGGCGACAACGCGUCGGCCACGACCCAACUGUCCGCACCGCUGUCGAGCAGCCAGGGCCAGAUGUCCAACGGCUCCGUCAAGAUCUGCAUGGCCCAUCCGGAGCAGCCGGGCAUGCAGAUCGUGCUGGAGCUGCUGCUGAAUGAUGGCCACUCGGAGAAGUCCUGA